AUGCAGCCCUUCCUGAGCGGCGAGAGGACACUCUUCAUCCUCCUCAGCGUGCUCACCGUCUGCUUCCUGCUCGCGGCCGGCUUCGACGUGCCCCCGCCAAGCGUCGAGGCGCAGCUGCUUCGCGCCGCCAUUGCUAUUGCCGACGACGGGCCAUGCCUGGAACUCAGAAGCGCGUCUAACAAGCAAUGGGUUGCAAAAACAGAGCUCACAACGCUGCCCACCACUGCCACCACCUCAUCUAAAUCACAUCCGCACGUCCGCGCCCUGCAGCGAAUAAAAACCGCAACCGCAACCGCAAAAGCCACGACAACCGCCCACGCAGCAGCAGCAGCCGCCCGGCUCGCCGGCGCCGCCUCCCUCGCGACCACCGCGCUGCAGAUGCUGCUGCUGCUGCUCCGCCCCGCCGCCCGCGAGCGCUGGCACUCGCAGUACCUCUCGCACUACCAUUCCCAUCUCCUCGGCCGCGGCCGCCGCGGCUUGGCGGCCGUGGCGCGUGCGAAGAAGCAGGAGGAAAGGCAGCAGCGCAGGCCGAGGGCGAGGAGUUUCGUUGUUGUUGCUGCUGCUUCCUUCUGCGGGGAUUUGGAAUCCUGA